CAAUUGACUUUGUAUACACACAACACAGACGACCCUGGACCUGGAGGCUGGAGUAGCCACACAUACCUUACCAUAUUACUCAUCUUACCGCUUGUUCUUCUUCUGCUGAGCAACUGUUAUAUUAACAUUCGUGUAAAAUAAACCUGUACUGUACUGUGGCCUUCGAGAAAUAAUUGUCUCCUAUAAAAGUCUCAAGUCAUCAUCAUAAGUUCAACACUGAUAAGUUCUCUGAAAAAAAAAAAAAAUCAAAUGGCAUCCUCAGCAGAAGUGGCACAACCAAUAAGUGACCAUGAGCCCAUCUCCAGCAGCUCCCCAUUUUCUCCAAAACCAGCCUGGGGGGGUGCUGGGAUAGACAAUAGUCCCCCAGUGGUAUGCCCAUGGGGGGCAGCUUCAUCAGUCUUACCCCAAAAAGAAUCGUCCGCUACCUCGUUCCGUGACCUCAUGUCAGAAGACCUUGCCAAGGACAUACAGGAAAAAGAAGAUGAUGCUUACUACAGGUCUCUAAUUGAUGACAAAACAGACAUUAGUAAUCUUCUUAAUCUGAAGGAAUCGGAAGACACCUCAGAUGAUCUCAUCUUGGCUCAGAUGCUACAGUAUGAAUUUGAUCGUGAAUAUGAUCAACAGUUGAACAGAGAGGAAAAGCAAUAUAAUGGUAAUUCCAAAGUGUCUGUUUCGUUCAACAAGUUUAAGAUCUGUCCAACAUGGUAUGGCCCAGACAGUGAUGAUGAGCUCCCAGAAUUAGAUGAUGAGAACAGGGCCAUCGACUCCUUUGAGGCACGAGAACGUGAAGACCCAGUGAUCCCUCCAUGUGGUUACGUGAAACAAGGUGCAAAAUUCGUCACUAAACAUGAUCUAAACAUAUCUGGUAGAAAAAAUGCUCAGCGAAUCAUGAAUCUGCCGCCUGGCAUAAACACAGGAGAUGGAGGAGGAUUUGAUAUGCAGCUCUCUAAUAAGGUGUACAAUAAGCUUUGCCGCUCAGCCAUGACGGACAUGAAGAGAAAGCAUCGGGUUCAUGACAAGGUGGAGAAGGCAACAUCAGAAAUGGCUCUUGAUCCCAAAACCCGUCUUCUGAUAUUCAAGUUGGUCAACAAUGCUGUUCUGGAAUCGGUCAAUGGCAUUAUUAGUUCAGGCAAGGAGGCAGUUGUCUUUUAUGCACAAGGUGGAGAGCUUGAAGAUCAAUCACUCCCUGAAGAUUGUGCUGUGAAGGUGUUCAAGACAACCUUGACAGAUUUCAAGACUCGAGAGCGUUAUAUAAGAGAGGAUUAUCGAUUCAGGGACAGGAUGUCAAAGAAUAAUGCCCAGAAGUUAAUUCGUUUAUGGGCUGAGAAGGAAUACCACAAUCUUCGUCGGCUUCAUCGUGCCAAAAUCCCAUCCCCUUACCCAAUUCUCAUAAAGAAACAUGUCUUGUUGAUGUCCUUCAUUGGCAGCAAUCAUCAGGCUGCUCCAAAACUGAAAGAAGCAUGUCUCUCCUUUUCUGACCUCUGUUUGGCUUAUGAACAAGUGGUAGAGGCCAUGGUGAAGAUGUUCCGUGGAUGCCACUUAGUUCAUGCAGACCUGAGUGAAUACAACAUUUUGUGGUAUGAAAAUAAGUGUUGGAUCAUUGAUGUGGGUCAGGCUGUUGAACCAACUCAUCCACAUGCUCUGCAUUUCUUACACCGAGACUGCACCAAUAUCAUCAAGUUCUUCCAUUCUAAAGGGCUUCCAGAAUUGGCAUCACCUCUCCAACUUUUUGAGAAAGUCAGUGGCAUAUCACUGCCUGGGCCUGAGGAGUCAGCUCUAAGAAUGAUUGAAGAAUAUGAAACUCACCAGGAACUGUGGCGUGAGGGUAUGAACAACCUAAGUGAUCAGUUUGAAUUCCUCUGGCAAGAAAUACAAGCUGAAGAAAGUCAACGUAAGAAACAAAAUGAGAAAGAGGAAGAUGAGGAGGACGAUGAGGAGGAGUUGCUUGAAGAUUUCGUAGUAGUGGAUGAACAUGACACUUCAAUUGAGCCUUUUGAAAAUGACAGCAAUAAUCCAGAGGGUGCUGUGGGAUAUGUUGGAGAAAACUUACAAGGUGAAGAAGAGGAUGAUACUCCAGGCAAAGAUGGUUGCAAAACAGAGGAAAAUGAACCUGAUGAUACUAGCAAGUUUAAUGUACUUAACCCCACUGAGCCCACUGAAACUCCCUCCUCUACUACACAGGUGUCUGGUCCAUCAGUUACCAGACCCAAUUCUAAGAGUGCUGAAAAACAAGGCAAGAAGAAGAAGAAGAAAAAUAUAAGUAAAAAUAACAAGUAAUGUCCAGUACUGUACUCUGUUAUGAAUAUACGUGUGGGAAUUGAUACAACUUUUAUUGAGGUCCAAAACAUAUUUAUGUUUUCUUGAGAAUUUUUAAGUAUGGUUAGUAUCAGUAUUUUUAGGAAUGAGAUAGAAAGGUUUUACUAUUGGUACCUUCAUAAAAGUCAUCUAGUAAGAUUGUGGUGGAUAAAGUGCUUUAUCCAUUUGGGUAAUGAUAAUUUACAAAUGAAGAGUAACAAAUGUAAGAUCUUGGGCUUAUGGUAAAAGCAUUAAUGUGUACAUUACAGUAAAAAUCAUUUUUUGAAUAGUUUUGAUGUUCAUUACUUUUGUUUCAUUAUGUACCACUGUACUUUAUUUUCUUCAUUGUUUUAUGAAGGCAGUUACUUCUGUGAUCUAUAUCAUAUUCAGUUUCCCCAGUGCUGACAAUAAACAAGUUGAAUGAAUACUAAUUAUAAAGUCUUUGUAUAAUUUUAUGUUUGUACAUGAUCUUAGUCUUGACAUUUAUUUAAGCAUAUACGGUAUUUGCAGACUACUGUAUGUGUUUGAUGUUACAAAAUUUCUCGGGCAAAAAAAAAAGUUUAGAUGUUUAUGUUUUUCAGUAUAAUUACUGUGACGUUUGUUGAUAAUGUAGUUACUGCAAAGGUCAUUGAAUCAUUUCAGAUUAUAUCAAUGAAGAAAUUCAGAUCAAAGCUUUAUCUCGACACCUUCAUUACCACAAACUGAAGCAAUGGAACAGUACAUUCAUACUACACUUGUGUAGUAGUGUGUUAAUGGUACUCUUUGGUGUGUAAUAUGGAAGGGUUUAAUGCUUCAAGAACAAUGUGAAAUUUAAUAAUUAGGGUCAGUAAUAAUACAAGUGGGAAGGCCACCUGUGUAUCAGUGUACUGUACUCAGGGGUAGUACCAGGAAUAUCAAAAGGGGGAGUCCAAGAAAUUGUGGGUGAGAGGACAUGGCGAGCACAGCAAGCCCAACCAGCUCCUCCAGUUGUACCCCCAAGAAAAUUUUUGAAAUGUGACCAAUAUCAUGGGUAUUUUGAGGCCAUAUAAACUUAAUAUUAGGAGAUAUUCCGAGGUCAAUAGUAAUUACUUUUUACCAUACAAAAAUGUCUUGAGUACAAUACUGCAUUAAAGAAAAAGUAUUGGAAUUUUUUGAUGAAAAGGGGCUUCUGGACCCCUGGAUCUGCCCCUGGUAUUGUACUGUACUGUACGUGUAACCUGAAGGAUUAUGUGUUCAAAAUUGAACCCCCCCCCCAAAAAAAAUAUUUGUUGACUAACUUGCAGAUGCGGCAUUUUUGUUUCUUUUUGGCAAAGAAAAUGUUAUUAAACAAGUAAUCUGAAUAAAGUUUGUAUUGUGGAUAGCAAAUAAAUAACUUCAGAUGUAAGAUAUUUUAUGGUAAACGGCAUUUCAUGCUAGUCCCCCAAACCUGAAUAAAAAAGAAGAAACAGA